AUGCCUAACAAGAUUCUAGACCUCCAUAAGGUCGAUCGAGAGACAUACCCAUACAUUUACGAGGAAAAUGCCACCAUCACACUCAAGUCUUCAGAAGGACUUGUGCGAGUCAACGUGUACAGACCGAAGACGAACGAGAAAGUGCCAGUUCUCGUAACAUAUGGGCCUUACGGCAAGGACAUCCCAUACGAAGCAUUCUUCCCUAAAUCCUUCUCGGAAGUGAAUCCAGAACAAAAGUCAGCACACUCAGCAUGGGAGACACCCGAUCCAGGAUACUGGACAAGCCAGGGUUACGCAGUAGUGCGGGCUGACGAGCGCGGCACUGGGCAAUCGCCAGGAUUUCUCGACACUAUGUCUAGAGGCACAUCAGAAGCCUUUUUCGAAGUUGUAGAGUGGUGCGCAGAGCAGCCAUGGUCAUCGGGCAAGACUGGCCUCCUUGGAAUCUCAUACUAUGCCGGAACUCAAUGGCGUGUGGCAGCACGGCAGCCCAAAGGUCUUUCUGCGAUUAUUCCAUGGGAGGGAAUGAGCGAUUACUACCGGGACCGAUGUAGACAUGGUGGUAUUCUGAGUGAUAAAUUCAUUGACUUCUGGUGGAAUCGCCAAGUCAUCACGAAUCAGUAUGGCAGACCUGGUCGCAAAGCGCGGAACUGGGGCCCAGACACACUCGAGGGCGAUCUAUCUGAGGAAGAAAGGGCUCAAAGUCGUCAAGACCAGACGAUCGACAAUGCAAAUCAUAGAUUCCGAGACGAAGACUACUAUGCGAGCAAGGACUUCAACUUGUCCGACAUCAAGGUGCCUCUGCUUUCCGUUGCAAACUGGGGCGGCAUACUUUUACAUCUCCGCGGCAACGUUCAAGGCUAUCUGCACGCUGGAAGCGAACUGAAAUACCUGCGGUUCAUCACUGGCCGCCACGAUCUGCCAUUCUACUACAAAGAAGAAGUCGAGCUGCAGCGCUCAUUCCUUGAUGCUUUCCUGAAGAAUGACGAUCGUGUGGGCUGGACGGAGAAGGGUAAACUCCCACCAGUUGAUCUCGUACUCAGGAAAGGCGAUGUUGGAUUCAACGAUGCACAAGCGGAGAAGGCGUAUACCAGACGUACUGAGAACGAGUGGCCAAUUGCGCGGACGAAAUACACUAGGUUCCACCUUCAACCCAAUCAAUCUCUCGCGGUGGAGAGCCCAUCGCAACCACAGGUGAAGAAGAUCUCCUACAAAGCUCUCGGAACGCUCGACGACCCUCAAGCUGUUCAAUUUACCACUGCUCCUUUUGAAGCGGAAACAGAAAUCACGGGACACAUCGUCGCUCGCCUCUCCGUCUCCUGCUCUGCAUCCUCUGAGCAGCCCUCGCAAAUACCCUCGGACAUCGAUCUCUUUCUCACACUACGUUACAUUUCACCAUCUGGCAAAGAAGUGUUCUAUACCGGCACAGCAGGCGAUCCAAUACCUCUCACCAAAGGCUGGCUUCGUGUCUCUCUUCGUAAGACCAAUGACUCUCACCCGCAGCACAAAGGAUACCUACCUUACCGAGAGUACAAAUCAGACGAUGUCCAGCAAGUCGUGGCUGGGGAGGUAUAUACCGUCGAUGUGGAGAUCUGGCCGACGAAUGUCGUGGUCGAGAAGGGGGCCAAGUUGAUAUUCGAAGUGGCGAGCGGUGAUACGCAAGGCAGUGGUAUCUUCCAGCAUAAAUCCAACGUGGACAGAACGGAGGCAGUAUUCGGCGGAGACAAUCACCUGCAUAUUGGUGAGGGCCAUGAUAAUUAUGUAGUGCUGCCUGUGAUACCACAGAAGGAGGCGUAG